AUGAUAGAUUGUAUUGUAACUUCAGCAGGAGGGAUAGAGGAAGAUUUCAUAAAAUGCUUAGCUGAUUUCCAUAUAGGAGACUUUAAUACAAACGAUAUUUUAUUAAGAUAAAAAGCAAUUAAUAGAAUUGGAAAUAUUUAUGUCCCUAGUGAAAAUUAUUGCAAACUUGAAGAUUGGCUAAUUCCUUUAUUUUAUGAAAUGUAUGACGAAUAAGUUAAAUAAGGAAAUAUUUGGAGUCCUUCUAAAAUUAUUAAGAGACUAGGAGAAAAAAUUAAUAAUCCAGAAAGUAUUUAUUAUUGGGCUUAUAAAAAUAAUAUUCCUGUUUUUUGUCCUGCACUCACUGAUGGUGCUAUAGGAGAUAUGCUUUAUUAUUUCUCUUAUAAAGUUGAUGGAUUUAUUGUUGAUUUAGUUUAAGAUGUUAGAGAACUUAAUAAAAUGGCAAUGUAAGCACAUAAAUCAGGAGUUAUUAUAUUAGGUGGAGGUGUUAUUAAACAUCAUAUUAUGAAUGCUAAUAUAUGGAGAAAUGGAGCUGAUUUUGGUGUAUUUAUUAAUACUGGAAUGGUUUAUGAAGGUUCAGAUUCAGGAGCUAGUAUUAGUGAAGCUGUUAGUUGGGGUAAAAUGAAAAUAGAUUCUACUUUUGUUAAAGUUUGGUGUGAGGCAUCUCUAGUUUUUCCUAUUUUAGUAGCCCAGUCUUUUUAUAAAUAUAAAGAUUAAGCAAGUAAAAUUUAAAAGUGA